AUGACAUUUUUCCAGGUUGUUUGCCUCUGCGGUCUUUUUUUCGUGGCUGUUAUCGCAGAAUCCAAGGAUCCCGAAAAGGAGCUCUUUGAGCUCGCGGAUUUGGACUUCGAUAACAUGGGACCGGACAUGAGCAAACCCAUAAAUAUGGAGGUAGGUGCUUAGUCUUCUUAUUCGUAGAGAGUUUAAAUUUAAGCCUGGCUUUCAUUUAGACGUGUUGAAAUAACAGUCAAGAAAAAAAGGUAUAAUUCUUAUCAGAAUUAUACUAACUCCCCAGCACCCAUUAAAACAGGGACACCCAACGUCAGUUUUUGGAAAAUAUCUGUUCGGAAGACGAUCUGAGGUCUGGAAUUUUCGGAGCACUUGUUGUAAAAUUUCUUGCUUGCCUGCCUCUCCUAGGAUUUUCGAACAUCUAAAAAAUGGUAUAAUUGCCCAUUUUUAACGGGUUUUUACCGUAAAAAGGUCACCUAGAAUUUUCGGGAGCCUUUUAUCUCGCUGAAAUUUUCGAACAGGUAAGUUUUGAUCCCUAUAAUUUUCGUAUCACUAGACUUUCAGCUAGGAAAUCCGAACAGAUGAAAAAUUUUUAGGGGGUAAGAAAUGCCUAUAUCUGCUGUAUAAAUAUUAAAAUACGUUCGACAAUGCAAUGUUUAAGUGGUUUUGAACUAUAUUCUCGUUGGGUGCCCCUGUUAAAAUAGUAAAUUAAACAGCAAGCAGCAAGCUACUGUCGACAAAAGUUUUAAAAAGGAAAGGCCUGAAUAAGUCAUAAUAAACUAGACUUGAAAACAGGUGUGCUUUGCUUAGAAAACACACAAAAAUAAAGUAUUCAUGCGAUUUCACAGAAAAUUAAGCACUCGACUCUGCGUAAUAUUAAUUAUAACGAACAGCAACAUGAAUGAUCAUUGUUUAAAAUAUAUAAUGAUCGAACACGCGCCGCAAAAAAUAAAGAGUACCAGCUUGUACACCUUAUAGAAAAAAAAUGAUUGGGAAUAUAUUCCUAGUUUUCAUGACUUGUAUGGUCGGACACGUUAGUCAUGGAUAUAUUCACAGAUUAAAACCAUGGAUACAUAUUUGUAAAUUUAGCAUCUUUCAUUCUUUCAGCAUAUCAAAAAUACUCGAAACAAACGCUAAAAGAAUUUUUUUUUUUAAGAAUUUGACUACUGUUUAGAAAAAGAUCAGAUGGAAUUAAAAAAUGGAUAGUUAUGGAUUCAGGCUAUCUUUUUAAUACUUAUGUAAUCAACACCCUACCUACUUGUAUUUCAAAGGCAAUCUCAACAAUCCUUUUGUCACACUUUCAGAAAACUCUGUGCUACAUGUCAAUUUUUUCUAAUCGAAUAUGUAUCCAAAAAAAUCGAUAAUUUUUUUUAAAGCAGACUUUUUCAGAGAAAGGUGCAACUUCACGCUGCCGCUUUUGGGCGUCGAUAUUGAUAUGUUUGGUUAGGAGAGAACUGACCUCUCGCCGCAGCGCAAGGAUCUUCGCUCGCGCGUAAUGAUGAGCACGCGCGACGUAGCUUAUGUAGACUUGCUACAAGUCGACCUCUCAUAAGUUCUUCAAAGUGAGCGAAGCGAGCUUCAAUGCAUGAGAUCGCACAGCGAGCGACGAAUGGCAUAACAAACCAGGAAAAAAUAAAGGACUUUUAGAAAGUCUAGUAACUUAUGUUGAGUUGAUUGCAUCCUUAGGUAGUACAAUCCUGUGUUUAACUCCCAUCCAUGAACUUAAAUAACCUCAACACUUUCACGUAACGUACCCAUGGUAGAAUAGUUCAUAUAAUGAAUCACCGUAGUUUGGCCAUAUAAUGUGCAGUUACAACCUACCCGAGAAACAUGUAAACGUCACCCCUUCUUCGGGGACGGGAAGUGCCACCACAACACUCAGGCGACACAGACCAGUUCAUGUUUUAUAGAGAGGAGAAGUGUGAUGCCACGUUACCACGGUAGCACUAUUUCUGGAUGACAAGAAAACCAACGACGACGGCGACGGCAUAGACUGCGAUCAACCUCUCUUUUUCUUCAGCUUUAGUGAGAGGAGUGCCUGGUCAUUUGCGUGUCUCGUGCGUUUUGCUCGACGGACAAAGAAACAAGAGAGACUGGUCAUAGUCUGGCGACCGCAAGGAGAACGGCAAAAAAUAAUACGUCAACAAACAACAACUUUGCACGUGCGUCACGCUUUUUUGUACAUUUCUUUGCCAACGUUGCACCACUACAACAUGAAACUUCCUAAUUUCACAAGCCCACUUUAUGGAGUAGGUGAAUACAACACAAAAAUCAUGAAAUUGUCUCUUUCUUUUUCUAAACUUAGCUAACGAUAGAUACGGUCCCAAAGAAAUUUCGGCAAGAUUUGCCAAAUUAAAUGAAAUUGAAUAAGAUCGGUGAAGUUUGAAAUAGUGCGAAUAGAAUAAGUGACUUUAACGGUUUGUUGUCAUCCAAAAAUUUUGCUACCAUGGCAACGUGACGUAAGAACUUCUCCUCUCUAUUGAUGGCAAUUUUGAAAAGUUAAGCCCAACCUCGUUCCCAGGGUCUUCUCAGGGUCUUAAAAAACGAGAAGACCCUGUGGACGAAAUUGAGUAAAGUCGAAACAGUUAUUCACCAGGUUUCCCCGCGAGUAAAAGAGGCUUCAUUUUCCAGAGUUAGCCUAAAAACACGCUCUCAGAAUUGGUGGUAAUUAGCACAAAUUUAGGCAAAUAAGGAAUCUUUUUUUUUUCUGAAAAAUAAAAUUACAUUAUGGUUAAAAGAAUUUAGUGCCAUUCAACCUAUCCUUACACAUACGUUUUGAAAUUGAUUGAUUUGAAAUCUGCGUGCUAUUAUUUGACUGCUAUACUUGCAGCAAAUAAAGUAUUUAUGUAAGGACGACUAUAAUAGAAAAAGUUAAAGCAUUGAUCUCUUGAAUUUUGAUGUCCUCUUUCAGAGAAGGCGUUAUUUUAAAUAGAUUUUGGAAAAUAGGAAUCGUUUUCCAAUUUAAGGCUAAACGGGUUGUUGUAAAUGGAAGGUCUAAUAGCAAAAUUUUAUUUUAACAGGAUCUUAAAAGCUAAGUUUUUACUAGCGGGUAGCUGGUUCUGUAGCCACUGGUAAAGUAAGGGGGAUAUUAAAUAACAAUACAGUUUAUGGACUUACAUUUCAAUUACCAUACUUUCAAUUACUCUUUUUUCAUCCGCUGAUGCGCUGAAGAUUACUUAUCAUCUUAUUUUAGUUCUUUUAACAACUAAAAGACCUCAUGUUCCGGGAAUGGUACGAUGUAUCAAUAUUCUUAUCAAUUUUGUUUCCUUUUUUCUUGUAGGUUGUUAUUAAGGAAUUUACUUCUUGCGUUUCUAAAGAUCACGGCAGAGCCAAGCCACGUUGUAUAAAGGAAUUGGGAAUGAUGCUCCAACACCUUCCCGCAAUGAAAAGGAAGCAAAUUGUAAGUUCCGGCUAUAAGCAUGCAUGCACUGCAGUUUCUAAUUGAUUUAUCAAUGGCGUGACUUCUGGCGGGUUAACCCAAAGCAUGUAUCGUGUCUAUUUCAGGAGUACCCAACGAGUGUUUUCUUUGAAUUAUCUGUUCGGAGAAUCAAACUUGCCCAUGAUUUUCCAUUGCUUGAGGACGGCUAGAAAUUUCUAGAUGACCGUUCUGUUCAAGGAAAAAUUUUCGAAGCUUAUCUGAUAAAUUCCCUAAGAUUUUCUGAGGUUUAAUUUUUCACAUUUUACUCUCCAUCUUAGGCUUAUUUUCGUACAAAAAGGAAAUCUAAACUUUUCGGAUUCAAAAAUAAGAUGGAUAGAUGAAUACUAAAGAGCAAUUCUCACUUUCGUAAAACGUUCAAUUGCAUCUAAAACUCUCGGGAAAAUAAUACUGAAGCCCUUGUAAUUUCGAAAAGACUUAAGUUAUCCUAGAAUGAUCGAACAGAUACAAAUUUUAUAGCGCCGCUUAGAAUGCAUUUCUAGAGAUCUAAAAGUACUCAGGAUUGCCUAAAAAGAGUUUUCAAUGUCUUUAGGAGGAAACCAUCUUUAGUUGCCCCUGCUACUUUAAGCCCUAAGAGUGAUCAGCAUCAAAUUUCUCCUUACAAUAUCAAUGUUUGUAAAACAGAGUGCUCAUGAGAAUUACGGACAUGAUCACACAAGAUGAAUUUGCUUGACAUUUUAUCAACUUCUCUCCACUACUUCUGUAGGAGAUGAAUGGGGUCAACAAAUGAGAAUUCAAAUUUUGAUCCUGAGAUGAAUCAGGAAAUCAUUUUGAUUUAUCACAGAUCAGAUGAUUGCAUAGUGGGGGCGGAUGUGCAAGAAUCAGUUCUAGACUGCAUGGGACAAAACGUUUUCUUGGGUAAAACUCUGUUACAGUAUACCUUUUCCACCCUUCUUGGCCGUAGCAGGUCAUUUUCUCGUUGACUUAAUAAUCUUAACUUAGAUCCUUCUAUGCGAUCCUGCGAUGGACUAAAAAAACAAAUUUUCUCAGCUCUUGGUCGUCCGAUUACCACUUAUGUUUCUUAAUAGUGAAAUGGCUUCUGAAAAAAAAGAAAACCGAUAGCAGGACAUGGCGGCUUUCAGUGAUAGUGAAGGAUAUCCCCGAGGGGGGGGGGGGCACUCAACGAAGUUUUAUACGGGGAGGCUCCGCCUGGAGGUCCAACUCCUUAGCCUCCUUUGUACCCUCUUUUGAUAAAUGGUACCCCUUUAACAUUCCUAGUUUAGAACGUUGCAUCCAUUUUUACAGCUGUAAAUGCACUGUCUCUUAAAUAUGAAUAAACCACGAAACCACGAAGUUUUCUUGACUUCUGCACGGCAGAAGCCCUUUAACUCCUUUUACACCAAUACUGAGUAAAUAAAAGAUUUCUUUACACUAUCAUAUCUCUCAACUAGUGAAACCACUACCCCCUUUGUUAGCCCUUCUGACUCAUUUGACACCAUUACUGAGUAAAUGACAGAUUUCUUUACCCUACAGUAUCUUUCAACUGGUGAAACCCCUACUCCCUUUAUUAGCCCUUCUGACUCAUUUGACACCAUUACUGAGUAAAUGACAGAUUUCUUUACCCUACAGUAUCUUUCAACUGGUGAAACCCCUACUCCCUUUGUUAGCCUUUCUGACUCAUGUGACACCAUUACUGUGUAAAUGACAGAUUUCUUUACCCUAUCAUAUAUUUUAGCCAGUGAAACCCCUACCCAUUCAUAUAUCUUGAACCUGAAAACGGAACCCCCUUCUGGCGGAGCCGCCCCGAUUAUUAUAGGGAGUACCCCCAGGUUUGAUGCUGAGUAUUUUUAUUAAAAAAUGAAUUAUUAGAUAAUGCAAUUCUAGAGCUCUGAUUGGCUUAGCCAUCAUGGUAUAUGAGCCAUUAUUCCAUGCUCCCCACAUAUGAUAACUGUACGCGUCUGGUCAGAAUUAAAAACAAGCUGAAAUCGGUUGUUUUUACAAAUAAAGUCGGGAAGAAUUCUCGAUAUUUUGUGGGCGUUUUUAAUAGAACAAUUAUUUCACUCGCGCUUGUUGGAUAUGAAAUAAGUAUAGCCAACUCACAUCCAACGCGCACUCGUGGAAUAAUUGUUGAAUACACUGCAAAGCAUUAUAAGAACCACUUUCCAGAAAGAGAAUGGGAUCUGACCAUUUGCUUGGCCUUAGCCAUUUAGAUUCAAAGUAGUCCCUUGAAUACCCUGCGAGCAGAGUGUCCUUCUGUCUUUUUUGAUGAGGAGAAGAAAAGCGAAAAGGGGGCUUUGCCUGAAUCGCGUCAAGCCUUUUGAGGUCGCCGCAGCCAAAACGUCUUGACUAAUCAAUCUUGCUCUUUCAAACGAUUCUUUCAAACUGGUUUUACGAGUGCAAGUAUUCGUUUAUUGAUAAACCGAUGGUCAUAACUGAGCCCGUUGAACCAAGCGCGCGGCUAUUAGGCCUGGGUUCGGAAAUGUAUCCUAGCAACAUGCAGCGCAUGCUCAGCAAAGAUCAAAUUCGAUUCAGGCAGAGUCUUUCUCGAGUACACCAAUCAAGAAAGCCAAAGAAAGAUUGUGCAGGCAGGGUGCCCCUUGAGUUACGCAUAAAAAAGGUCAAAUACAGACAGCAUUAUACCUUUUGUUGAUAUGGAAUUCUGUGAUGAGUAUGUUGUAAAAAGAUUUUUUUCCGUUUUUUUUAGAUUAAAUGCUUCAAAGACGCAUUUCGCCCAUGCCGCAAACAACCGAAGGGUCGCGAAUUCGGGGAGUGUAUGAAAGCCAUUAAAAAAUGCUUGCCUUACGAAGAAGAAGAAAUGGCUGGAUCAGGAUGGUUCCGCUGAAA